CAUGGUCUACCUCUUGAGGAGGCUUGCAGUGCGUCAUUUCUUCCUCCAGGACAAACCGGCCGCUGAGAGACCCCUCGCCUUAAAUAACAUCCGGGCCCUGGAGAAUGCUUCUUACUUCACCAUGUUCUUCUUCAUGAUUAAGGCUGUGUAUGAGUUUAUCGCCCAGUUGCUGAUCAAAAUCAUCCUGGGCUGUCUGAACUUGGCUCGGAUUGACUGGUCCACCAACCCAUCCAAACCGAUGGGCUCGCUGGACACUGGGUAUUUGACCUGGGUAUCGAUGCUGUUGGUGGACUCCGCUCACACCAACCCAACCGCUCUGACCUUCUGUCAUCUCCUGCUGCAGUCCAGCCGCCGGGCUGACCCUGACGUCAACACCACAUUGCACACAACUGCCAGAGCAGUGGCUGGAGCCAGACGCAGGUGGUGGCUGGCCUACACCCUGCUCAGAAACCCAGGCCUGGUGGUCCUCCGCAGGCCAGAGAUCGACCUGCCCGUCAAACCCACUGCCCCGCCUGCCUCCAUGAUGCAGCUGGAGCCCUGAGUAACCUCCUGCACCCUACUCCUGCAUGCCUUGGAAACGUUUAGAUCUUCUAGCCCCUUCCUGACCAUUUUGGUGUUUCUGCUUUGGGUGGCAUAUUCCCUUAUCCCUGCAUCAUGUUAGCCCAACCUCAUGCUUUCAUGAUAGUGAUGAGUGCCUGGACUUUUUGUGUAGGAACAGGCAGCUCACAAUAUUCUUGUUCAGCGCCCCCCCCCACUCCUGUCAGCAGCUUUGUGUGUGAGCACCCCAUUUCAGCUGUUUUACAAUUUCAAGGAGCUAGGCCUGGCUUGUGUAUGUGUCUGUGUGUUUUUGU